AUGUUCAAUCAAUGGCCAAGGAUCGUUGAUGACGUAAACGGCGCGUAUAAGCGAAAGGAAGCUGAGACAGGAUAUGGCUCAUUGAUCACGAUUCAGAAAGUCAGGUCCCUACACCAGUUCAUCGGUCACAUUCGAUCCUUGCUGGCGUUGAUGGCUAUCCAUGUCAAGGCUCUGGAGGCAUAUGGUGAUCUCAUUCCCCCAAAGCAUCACAGACCGCAAGGUAAUCUGGGCACCGGUAUUCUUCAAGGAAAUGACAGGUUGCAGAGUACUGGCGCUUUCCAGGCCAGUGGCACCAUUGGGCAAGAAAACCUUCUCGAGGUUGCUGGUACCAUCAAGACAACUACCACCCUCGAGCCACAGAACGCUCCACAUGAAGGUAACCGUGAUGAUCUCGCAUCUGACCUAAGAGCUAUAUCUACUGGCCUUGAAUACUAUCACGCCAACCUAAGCCUCAUGGUCGAUCUAUGUAAGAACUUGGUUGAACUAGAGUUCAAUAUCCACGGCACAAGAACCAAUCAAAAUGUCGAGGCGCUUACGUACCUGGCAUUUCUCUUCAUCCCUCCCUCAUUCCUUGCGUCUGUAUUUUGGGGUGAAUGGCAUCGAGGCACCAAGGUGGUUCUGGAUGGCCAGUAUACCCGUGGUCGCCACCAGUGCAAUUGUCUGUAUCUUGGUCCGGCCGGGGAUUCAGUUUUUGGGAAAAGUCGAACAUUAUGUUUAUAA